AUGGACGCCCAAGAGACCCUCGCUGAGAAGGGGAACGCGAAGGAGAAGAAAGCAACAAAGAACAGCAAGAAGAGGCGGCUGGAGAGCCUCGAAGACUGCACCAGCAACGAGAAGACGGUCACUGAAGGCUGUGCAGAGAUGAAACAUCGCGCCAAAAGAAGCAAGGGAGGAGAUAAGAGCCGCACGAAAAAAGCGGAUCGUGGGAAAGAGAUUUCGAAACACAAUAAGAAGGUGGAUGUCGUUGAAGGGAUUACGGAACACAAAAAUCAGAGGGAGGGGAAUGACAUCAAAGACAAGAAAAUGAUGAGCGUGGAGUGUUUUCAUCCGAUUAUGGAUCGCACCAAGAAGAGGAAGAGGCAGAACAAGGACGACGACGAGAAACAGAACAAGAGGAAGAAACAGGACACGGAGGAGACGGAAAACCAGGACAAGAAAAGGAAAAGGCAGGUUAAUUGA